AUGGGCGGAUUUUCUAUGGCAUUCAAAGCAUGGCUUUACUAUGCAGAUGAGAUGUUUCGAACCGAGAUUGAAGACCUUGAGGCGACCAAGCUUUCAAAGGCUACUUUGUUGAGUGCAUGGACUGAUGAAGCGCAGAGUCGUAGCAAACAGCUGUAUUCGAUUUUGAGUGGCUUUUUGAGGGGCAGAUCUUUACAGAUGUUGAGAGCAGUCGGUGAGCAGCAUGGAUACGAAGGUUGGAGACAACUUGUGAGUCUUUACAACCCUCACACCAAGCAGCGAGCACUAGGUUUGAUGACAGCAUUGAUGAGUUUUCCUCCAUUCAGCAAAGACCGUUCUUAUCUUGAACAGAUACCGGGCCUAGAUCGCCUGGCAGAGGAGUUUCGCAAGGCUUCUGGCAAACCAGUUCAGGACGAGAUGCUGCUUGGAGUACUCACCAAGGAGAUGCCACCACAUGUUAGGCAACAAGUCCAGCUUAGCAUGUCAGAGAGUUCCACGUAUGCCGAAAUUCGUGAGCGAGUGCUUUCAUUUGAAACCGUUGCGCAUGUCUACAGUGCAGUGAAGAUCCAGGAAGAAUUUGGGGUCGGAAGCGGCCCAGCACCUAUGGAGAUCGAUGCCGUGACUGGCAAGCCCAAAGGUAAGCAUGGUGGCAGGGGCAGUCCUAAAGGUCAGCAGUGGUAUGAUACUCCUAAAGGCGGCAAAGGUAAAGACAAGGGUGACAAAGGCAAGGGCUAUGGCAGCCCCAAAGGCGGCAAGGACAAAUGCAAGGGCUAUGGCAGCCCUAAGGGCAAGAACUCUGGGGGCAAGGGCGGUGGCAAGGAUCGUCAGAAGGGUGUUUGUGAUUACUGUCGUAAGCCAGGGCAUUUUCAGAGAGAUUGCUGGCAAGCGAAGCGUGAUGGUGUUGUGCGUGCUGUUACCGAGAGUGAGCCCAAUACGCAAGAGACGCCGGCACCUUCGAUCGCGCCUAGCUCUACGGCAGCCCCGUCUUCUUCAGCUUCGGCAAUCCGCAGAGUAGCAGUUGAUGGAGCACCUAGGUCCUUUGCCUACUUUGACCUCACAGAGCAAGACACAGUACAUCACGGUAGUGUUCGUAUGGUAGAGUCCUAUGACAUGGCAUACAGCGACAACGAUGAGCAGUGGACCGAGUGCGCAGACAUUGAGAUCAUACUUGAUUCGGGAGCCGAUCAUAGUGCAUUGCCUCUUCGCUUUGGUUCCGUUGGCCAACCGGCCACGAACUCAGAGUUCGCGUUUGUGGAUGCGCAGGGCAACGACCUUCCGGUGUCACAGGUGAGAGUUGCGGAAGUGACUUUGGGCGACCUUUGUUUCAAGGAGUCCUUCAUCAUAGCGCCCGUGAAUAACCCCUUGUUGUGCUUGGGUAGACUUUACAAAGCUGGUUUCGAAGUGCGCCGCAGGAACAAUCAGCUAGAGCUUGGUUGUGAUGCCCACGGCGUGGCCGUGGAUUUCAGGCGAAACAGCUUGGCAGUGCAGGGUUCCAUCAGGUUGUUGAAGCAAGAUUCCCCUAGCGAGGAUGUUCGUGAUCAGCGGGUACAUGUUCGGGCCGUGACCUUGAAGCCUGUGCUGUCAAGCAUCCCCACUGACGGGUCCUCGGUGCAAGUGCGGCUACAGCGGGAGUUUUGUCAACACGACUUUGCUUCCUCUUGGGGAACUCUUGUGGAGGAGAACAACCCUCAUCAAGAGAGUCGGCAAAGACUGGGAUUUGAUAUCGAAUCUUGCAAGGACAUCAGCACGCUCGAUGAUCUCGAGAGCGGCUUGCACAACCCUCAGGACAUCGAGUUGGUAAUGACCAUCGCUCAUGAUCAUGUUUUAUCUCCGAGUGAUCUUGGCUUUGAAGUUCGUACUGAUGCUCACGCUCUGGGUCCCAGGUCUGAUGCUGAUCCUCGCGACAGUGCUGGAGGAGCCCUUGAUGCUGAGGAUGGUCGUGACCUCAAUAACCCUGAUGCCGAGAAUGUCGUUCCAGCCGCAGCGGGUGAAGCUGAACCACCGGUUGAAGAGCGGCAUGUGCCUCUAGAUGAUAACGAGGUUGAAGUGAACGGGGUGAGAUUGACCGCGGAGUCGACGUUGCAGGCCUUGAGAGCUGGUUGUGAAGUAUUGGGUCUUUCUAAGAGAGGUAGCAAGAGGCAGUGCUUCGGACGGCUUCGGUGUCACAUUCAGGAGCACACUUUGAUUGUGGAGAACCAGGCGGUAGCAGCUAGUGCUGGUGACUCAGAGCGCAAGCCGAAGGGUGUGGUCAAGCCGGGUGAGCCGACGCCUCAGGAGAUUGCCGAGCACAGCAUCACGCAUCAGCCCUAUAGAAGUUGGUGCGCUCUUUGUGUCGCGCAUCAGGGACAGCAGGAUGCUCAUCAUGAUCAGGAUCACAGCCACACUAGCGAGUCAGUGGUCAGCGUUGAUUUCGGGUUUUGCAAACGGCAAGAAUCGGAGGAGAACCUGCUGACGGUGCUGGUGGUCCAUGACCGUCAGACCAAGGCAGUGCAUUCAAUACCCACGUUGAGUAAAGGAGGGCAAUCCUUGUCGUAUUUAACUACCGAGCUUGCUCGGUUUGUUGCGUGGCUGGGUCAUCGUGAAGUGUGUUUCAAGUCGGACGGUGAGCCGGCGAUCAAGGCCGUGGUGAAGAGUGCGGAGAAGUCGUGCAGACAGCUCGGGAUCAAGACCCGGAGUGUCGCGACUCCGGUGGAAGACCACGAGGCCAACGGUGCAGUGGAACAAGCGUGGCAGAGCAUCCUCGCCCAUGCAGGUGUGCUGGUUGCCCAAGUUGAAGAGAGCUGUGGAGCAGGAGGCAGAGUUGUUUUCGGAGCCCAGCACCCUUUUUGCGUGUGGAGCCUCGUUCAUGCUGCUUUUCUUCACAACCGGUUUUGUGUACAACAUGCUUUGACGCCCUUUGAACGAGCAACGGCUAGUCAAUAUGUUGGUAGACUUUGCUGCUACGGCGAGGUGGUGCUUGGAUAUCUCCGAACAAGUGCUAAGGCAGGUGCUCGAUGGUGCAAGGGAGGGCUUUUCCUCACGAGAUCAGUGAGAAGAUUGGUGGAGAAGGACCGUUGGGAUCUUGAUCGUUGUGGGGAUGUGGUGGUGGCAACGGGUUUGUCCGAGAACCUGCGUGCGCCAAAGGCGCCCAGGAUGAUGCAACGGGUUUGCAGAGUUGAGUAUGCGGCCAUUUGUCAGAUCGGUGAGCAGUGGUACGAGCAUGAAGAUGAAGAGGUUGACUGGGCCUUUACAUAUCAGGACUUAGAUGAUCUUCAGGAUUAUGAUGAGGGCUUUGAUGACGCCGAUCGUGAGGAGCUGGAUCUUAGCGAGAUUGAGUCCAAGCUCAUUUUCCCCAGGACUUCGGAGCACGAACCUUGGCUUAGCAGUGAAGAGAUGAGUGAACUCGACAGGUUGGCCGAUGCGUUCGAGUUGGCGCGCCUCGAUGGCAUGAAGGUUUUGCUCCCACUUGAUUCUGAGGAAGGUCCCGCCAAAGGCCGUGAGAAUCCCAAGAAGCUUUCAACGAAAAUGGUCAGGACAUGGCGGGAGAAGACCAUUGUGGACCCGAGUGCAAAACAGCAUCGACCAGUUUGGCUUCGUCGGUCGAGGUAUGUGGCUCGGGAAUUCGCCUGGUUAAGUCCGGAAAGGGAAGGCUUGUGUAGUCCAGCAUCAAGCGCAGUGGCGACAAAGGUGAUGCCGGCGAUGUACACAUACCUGCAGGCUAGGGAUGGCGAUUGGGUAUUGGGUUCUAUGGAUGUUUCUGAUGCUUUUCUGAUGGUCCUGCAGGAGGAAGCUACUGAGGUUACGGGCACAGGCGAGAUUCGCAGGUUCAUGUUGGGCCGGCUUCUGCCAGGCCAGCGGGAUGGAACUGCGAAGUGGCACGCCAGACUGUCUGAGUGCUUGCGUGAGGAAGUGAAUGCUUCAUGCUGCGUUGCCUAUCCGAGCAUGUUUUCGUGCAACACUCCACAUGGACCGGUGUAUUUGCAAACGCAUGUUGAUGACAUUGAGUUCUUGGGCAAACACGCAGCAGUGAAGAAUGACUUCAAACCAGCUAUGGAGAAACACUUCAAGGUGUCGUGUCAAAUGCUCGAGAAACCAGGUGACAGCAUGAUGUUCUUGAAAAGGCAGCAUGUUCUAGGAGAAGAUGGUUGCAGCGUUGUCAUCACGCCACAUCGCAAGCAUGUGGAAAAGCUCUUGGAGGUUCUGAGCAUUGAGCCGCGCAUGUGCAACAAGAAGUGUCCAUUGAUGCCAGGGUACACGGAAGUAGAUGAAAGCACACCCCUCCAAGGACCAGAGGCAGGCAUGUACCGCACCUGCAUCGGUAUACUCUUAUACCUCAGUGCUGACUUGAUCGAGUCUCAGAAUACCAUACGGUUUUUAUCGCAAAAGAUGAGCGGACCUUCACGUCGUGACAUGAAGAUGCUUCGUCAUUUGGCUCUGUAUCUAGGCGGUACUGUGCACCAGGGCAUGUUGAUGACUUCGCAAAGGGCAGGUGAAGGACUGCUUGGAGAGAGAUAUGAUUCGGAGUGGACGCUGGAAGCAUUCUCCGAUUCGGAUUGGGCCUCGCAGAAGGCCGAUCGCAAAAGUGUUUCGUCGGGGGUAAUGAGCAUCCAAGGACAAGGAAACGUCGUGUGUACUUCCGCCCGAACUCAACGAACCAUUGCACUUAGUAGCGCAGAAGCCGAACUUUAUGCAAGUGCUGGGGUCCUCUCCGACGGCUUUCUCCUGAAGAGCAUCUUGUGUUUUCUGCUUGAGUUGGAAAAGUUACCGGUGCACUUUUACAUGGAUUCUUCGAGCGGGAAGCCAGUGUGGCAGAGAUCUGGCGUGGGGAGAAUCAGACAUCUCUCCUGUCGUGUGUUAUGGGUGCAGCAAGCGGUGGCCCGAGGGGAAGUUGUCCUUCAUCACAUUCGUGGCGAAUACAAUCCGAGUGAUGUUAACACAAAGCUUCUCACGAGGGUUCGCAUGCUUUUCCUGAUGUACUUGCUGAAAGUGUACAACACAGUGACCAAUGAGAGAGUGGGAGAAGAGGAACAUACAGCACACAUGGAGAAGAAAGCCAUCCAACUUAUGAUUCGCAACUUGAAGCGCCUUGAGCCUACCGCCAGAGUGUCCAAGCAGAUGAUCAGAAGUAUUCUGUUGAGCUCAGCGGUGCAGUAUAGCAUGGCCUCGGAUUUCAAGGAUGAGGAUGCUUCGGGUACCGUGUACUUUGCAGUGUCGGCUACGGGGCUUAUGCAGUGGAAUAUGGCAUGGACGAUAGUUUUCACAUGUGUGAUUGUGCUUUUCAGUUUUGUUUGGUGGUGCAGCGGCAAACGCUCCCAUGUGAUCGCUACCCGCGCUGAGAUUGGUGUGCAAGCUGCAGUUCGUGAUGAUCGCGAUGAGCUUCGCUUUCAUGCUGAUGCAAUCUUUCGGCAGCAAAAGAAUGAGCUCGAUGAGAUGAAAGAGUGGAACAGGCAACUUCUUGACGAAUGCCGUGGACUUGAGUCGUGGAAUGAACGAUUGCGCAAUGAGGCGCAGCAGGUUCGUCGUCAGCCGCGUAUUGCGGAUGGUGAUGUUUUCGCUUCCGUGCGCGGGGGGUCCUACCGCAGCAGUGCUGAGUGUGAGCAUAUUCGCGGACGGCGAACAACAACGUAUGCCAAGUGCCGCGAUUGUGGAGUGCGAGAUGGGCGGGUCUAUUUGGGCCGUUCUUUUGUCAGAAACCGGCCGUUCUUUUUUAGACGAAAAAGAGCGCGUGGUUCACAAACAAAUUCGAUGGAUGGCCCUUUUACGGUAGCCAAUGAAUACGGUUGCUAG